AUGGCCGACACCCAGACCGAGGGCGACAGGGACGUGGAGAGGGACCCGUUCCCCUGGGACCUUGGCAUUUUCGACGCCCAUUGCCACCCCACAGACACCAUGGAGUCCAUCCCAUCUAUCUCAAGCUCCAUGAGGGCCCGGGUUUUGACCGUCAUGGCCACACGCUCUCAGGACCAGGACCUGGUCGCACAGGUAGCUGAGGAGCACGGCCUCACAAGUAGUGAAGCUAUCGCCUCUAGUCCCGGGUCCAACGGGCCUGAUCCCACCCACCUCCCUGACAAAAUAGUACCUGCCUUUGGCUGGCACCCCUGGUUCUCUCAUCAGCUGUACGACGAUAUAUCUCCAGCAAACCAUGCCGCCACCUAUGACCCGGCAUCACCCGACCUGGCUGGUGAGAAAUUGCGACAUUACAAUGCAGUCCUCUCGCCCUCGCCCGAAACCAAAGACGACGAGAGCUUCAUAGACAAGCUUCCCACGCCCCAGCCCCUGUCGGGAUUCCUGUCACAGACACGAAAGUAUCUCGAGAAGCACCCACUUUCUCUUGUAGGUGAGAUUGGAAUCGACAAAGCCUUCCGUCUCCCCAGUCAUGGAGAUAUGGUGUCCGAUCCAGAACCCAACAUGACGGAAGGACGGCGGAAUGGAGAGCGCCUGUCACCCUACCGCGUGAAUAUGGAACACCAAACCCGAAUCCUGAAAGCUCAGCUGAACCUGGCCGGUGAGAUUGGCCGACCUGUGAGCGUACAUGGCGUUCAAGCGCAUGGUGUUUUGUAUAAUACAAUAAAAACCACCUGGAAAGGCCACGAAAAGCCAGUCGUGACGAACCGGGAGAGAAAAAGGAUUGCCAAGGGUGUCAACGAGGAUUUCUCGUCGUCGUCCGAAGAUGAGGAUGAUAAUGAUGAUGGUAACGGAUGUGACACCGCGACCAUGAAAAAGAAGAAGCAGUAUAAGCCCAAACCCUACCCGCCUCGCAUCUGCCUCCACUCGUACACUGGCGCUGUCGACACUAUGAAGCAGUACACCAACGACCGCAGCUGCCCGGCCAAGAUCUUCUUCUCCUUCAGUCUAUGCGUCAACUACUCCACUGGCGGCCACGAUCGCGAUAGGAAGAAGCACCUCGCCGACGAGGUCAUCCGUGCCUGCCCCGACGACAGAAUUCUGAUCGAGAGCGACCUGCACAAGGCCGGCCAAGACAUGGAUGAUAUGCUGGAGGAAAUGUACCGCAAAGUCUGCGAAGUGAAAGGGUGGGGGCUGAGGGAGGGUGUGGAGAGGAUCAGGAGUAACUACCAGGAGUUCAUAUUUGGAUCAUCGAAAUGA